CUGAGAACAGCAGGGGUAGAAGAUCUUGUUUCGUCAUUUAAGUAAUACAAUAAAGAAAGAACUGUGAACUUACGCAUAAUGGAGUCAGUCAUAAAAAUUAAUCAAGGAGAUACUAAAUGGGAUAUACGCCAUAAAGUAUGGAAUUACAUUGAAGUGAAAAACCUGGCCAGUUUUCCUCGACCUGUGCACAACAGAAUUCCCAAUUUCAAGGUGCAGGAGGAAAUGAAGGAGAGCUCAGUUCGGUGUUGCUGUCUGCAGGACAUGGCUCUUGGUGUGCACACUGAACACAGUAUGCGAGUACAUUUGAGUUUUUCCACGUCUUGUGUUUGAACAUUUUAAACUCUUUUGAAUGGUUAAAUUGGCAAGGCUUAAAAUCAUGUGCAAAUGAUAUGCUUUUGUUACAAUGCGCAGCCCAUCAACUGUCCUGAGCAUAUUUUUAGGCUGGCAUCGGUCAGUUGGUUAAGAUUGCCGAGGGGCCCUCUCGGCUUUGGGCCCCUAUAAUUGUCACCAGUUUUCACCCCACAAGUGAUGGCCCUGCAUGGAAAGGGGUAAUUUUCAAUUAAAGACAAAAAAAACUAAUAUAUUUAAAGGGGGGGUGAAAUGCUUGUUUUCACUCAAUAUCCUGUUAAUCUUGAGUACCUAU